UCCAUAUCCGGGUGAAGUUUUGUUUACAGUCCGGAUGGUGGACGCUGAAGUCUGAGGGGUUUUAAUGAGAAAACUGGGUUCACAUCGAGGAGAUCCACAGUUUUUGAUGUGUUAUCAGUACAAAUGGCUUCUCAGAUCCCCAUAACCGUCAGAGCCCAGCCGGCAGCCGCCAGCAGUGCCGCUCUCCGGGGGAAGAAACGUCCCGGCAGCCUGGCGGUCUCAGCCGCUCCGCAGGCCCCCGGGAGCGGCAGCAAGAAGAAGAAAGCCCCGCCGAUGGUGACCCCGACCGUACAGACACAGAUAACCGUAGUAGAGACGGUAGCAGAGGUGAAGGCAGCGGCAUCAGUAGACAGCGGUCCAACACCUACCACAGAGCCCACUGCAAAGCCUCCUCCAUUCAAAGACCCCACAUUCAUGCACUCUGGGAUUGGUGGAGCAGCAGCAGGCAAAAAGAAUCGGACCUGGAAGAAUCUCAAACAGAUUCUGGCUUUAGAGCGGACUUUACCCUGGAAGUUUGAUGAUCCCAACUACUACAACAUAGAUGCCCCUCCCUCCUUGAAGCCAGCCAAAAAAUAUUCUGACAUCUCUGGACUGCCUGCAAACUACGUGGACCCACAGACAAAACUACGCUUCACAUCCUCUGAGGAGUUCUCCUACAUCCGCCUCCUCCCCACUGAUGUCGUCACAGGCUACCUGGCCCUUCGAAAGGCAACGUGCAUCGUGCCUUAAUGGCAGAGUGAGCCCUGAACCAGAAUCAAACCAGAGCAGAACUCUGGUUCACUGUCACAAGUUGAAAAACAUCUGCACUGCUGUCGUGAAAAAAGCAGCUUGAGUCAUAAUUGUUACUGUGUGACAAGACACAUACAACUAAUUUGGAUUUUUUUUUCAAUUAAGAAAAAAACCAAUUGAGUGUUGCUUAUUGCUGGAAUUAAUAAUGUCCCUCUAUCAGAAAAUGUCCAGUGAACUGGACAAAACCUUAAAGGGACAGAAAGUUAAUUCUUAUUUUUUAAGUUAGUUGAAAACACAGCAGUAGGUAAUUCCUUUGCUUAUUUAUUCAAAUGUAUUUCUUGCUGCUCUGGAUAUUUUUAAUGAAAUGUUCCUACAAACCCUGCAGCGUGUUUGUCUCUUUUAUUGUGGAGCAAUGUGACUACUUGGCAGUGGAAAGUAAUCUGAUCGGUUAAGAGAAGAGUCAUCGUUGUUUCUUCAUUUCAGUUUGUUACUUGUUAUUUUUGUGUUGCAUAUUAAAGAUCACUUGAAUUUUCA